AUGAAGACUCCGGCACCGCAAACAACCAGUAACCAAACCAUAAGUGCUGUAGCCAGAAUCGCCCAGGAUAGCCGAGCAGCCGAGACAACGGACCGGGAUAUACUAGAGCUCCAUGAGGAGGAGCACAACGACGAAGGAUGGACACUACCAGAAGGAGCGCCGAGAUCCCGUGCUGUUCCUCUCGAGCAGCUAGACGGCUCCCGAUACCAGGCACUCGAAGUAAACUCAACGAGGAGCAGCAGCAACGACAGCAGCAACAACAACGACAACUGUAGCGGCGACAGAGACGACUGCAACGGCGGCAGAGACAACAGCGGCGACAGAGACAACUGCAGCGCCGGCAGAGACAACUGGCAGAGAAGGCAGCGCGUGCAGAACCAACAAAUAAAAAAUCUCGACGGCGGAGUAACCAUAAGAAAUAUAACGGUCUACCCGGUCCAGCACAACAAAAAAAUACUGGACUUUGAAAAAGGAAACCUAGUCGCUGAGUGCCCAGGGCGAAAUCUCAACAUCGGAUACUGCAAGACGACGGUUGGCGCCACCUUCUGCAGGGAGCUGCAAAAUGGUACUUGUGCCCAGCAACUAGUUUCCGGAGCCACUGCGCACUGCUCCACGCUUCCAGGGCAUCUGGAUCCAGUUACGGUAGUAGAUCACGGCACCCUCAUAGUGAACGAGGCCAACAUGACCAUAACCGACGACCAAGGACGGGACCAAAAAAUAUCUGGGACCUACCUGGUAACCUAUUCCGACAGAAUAAGUCUCAACGGAACUUGGUUCAUAAAUCAGCUGGGAAACUCGAUGAAAAAACCCGCCGUAUCGGCCAUGGCCGUUGUCAACGUCACGGCACACCAAAACCGGCUAAGUCUCCCAUUUCUCCACGAGCUGAGCCUGAGAAACCUUCACCACAUCGGGACCCUUAGAGAAGAGCUUUCCUUGGGCUCCCUCCUCAGCUACUCCAUCACCCUACUCGCCUCCUUCCUACUGUGUUCCACUGUUUGGCUCGGCUACCACCAUCUGAAGACCAGGAGCCCCGUCAAAUCAGGGGCUAAUGGUGACGUAGAAGCAGCAGGUCACCGGGACGGCGACCACUUAAAAGAGGGAGAAGUUAACACACCCAGUUCCCACAAAGACAAAUUGUCGAGUUGCAGGCCAUAUCCGGUGGCCAACACGCGCAGUAAGGAAACCGCCGACUCUGCACUCCGAGGGCAGUUGCCCGGAGCCCGGUCAGAGCACUCGCGGAGCGAGUGAUCGCCACCGGCCGGAUAUCUGCUGCUGACCUGGCGCUUUAUUUCUGGCGCUGGGAACACUUACUCAGCGGAUGAUCGCCACCGGCCGGAUACCAAGUGCUGACCCGGCACUUUAGCGGCAGCGCUGCGACCAGGCAAAAGCCUCGAGCCGCGGCCGGACCGGGACCUUAAGUUAGUCUAAAUUUGUACUCCGCAGCCUUAGCUGUGUUUUGUAAAUCAAGUAUUGUUUAUCCUCUACCUUAACAGGUUUAGGAGUAAUAAAUAAUAAACUUAAUAUCGCACCGUGUCUUUAUUAUCCUCUGCCUUAACAGGUUUAGGAGAAAUAGGGAUUAAUUAAAUACCA